UUUAGUUGGCGGCUAAAAAGCGCCAAAUCAAAAAUACUGCGGACUUACAGACAAGCUGUGAUGGAAACUAACGCCGCUCAUUUUUAGCUGCUCCUCCUCACAUCUGUAUCUGGAGCGGUGCCCGGAGGACGGAAAGAUCAGAGCCGUUAAAGAGUCGUCAGUUUGUUGAACGCUAUGGAGAAGCUUUUCAGCAAAGAAUUACACGUUACUGUGAAAUGCAGGGACAGCGAGGAAAGGAAAGCAAACAUCCGUGUCACCAUUGAGCAAUCACCAAGUCCAGUACACAAAAGGGAUCUUUUAGUAAGACUAACAGACAAUGGAGAUCCAUAUUUUCUCUUCAACCUCACUAUAUCAGAGGAAGAUUUCCAAACCUUAAAAGUGCAGCAGGGGCUACUGAUUGACUUUGCAUCAUUUCCUCAGAAGUUUAUUGAACUGCUAAACCUGUGCUAUUCCGAACAAGAGUCAGACAGUCCAAGGUUUCUCCUGUACUUGUCAUGUCAGUCUCCAGUGCUUGAAGGCUCUGCCACCUUCACUGUUGUAGAAACAAAUGCAUUCAAGCACCUAAACCACUUGUCUCUACGGCUUGCACAUGGCUCUGACAACGAGGUUAAAGAAUAUCUGGCAGUGUGUCUUUCAUCUCUGAAGGUAGAAAAGCAAAACCUUUACACAAAGCUUAAGAAGACUGAAGAGGAUCUGUCCAGGCAGCUGAGUUAUGCUCAACAGACUCUGUGUGAGAAGACUAAAGAGUUGGACAAACUGCGUUUAGAGUGGACAAAUCAGACCAGCACACUGUCAAGCUGUCAUUCUCAGGAGUUACAGUUAGAGAGACAGAAGGCUGUAGAGUUACAGAACAAGCUUCAGCAGCACACUGAACAGCUCCGUCAGGAACUGGAGAGUGCUCAUAUAAAGGCGAGCCAGCAGCUCCAGAGCAGACUGACAGAGCUGGAAGCCUCCUGUAGAGAAUUGACAGAGAAGAAAUACAAGAACGAGUCUGCCAUUCGAGAUCUAAAGAUUAAACUUGUGGGUGCAGAGGAGGAAUCCCAGCGUUUGAAGCAGCAGGUCCUGUCUCUCAGGAGGGAGAACAGCACUCUAGACACAGAGGUUCAUGAAAAGGAGCGUUUGGUGAGCCAGCUGCAGAUGAGAGUGGCUGUUCUGGAACAGGAGAUAAAAGAUAAGGAUCAGCUGAUGCACAGCACAAAAGAGAUGCUGGAAGCCACCCAGGAGCAGAGGAAAUCAGUUGAAGAAAAUGCAGAAAGUAAGGAACUUAAGAUAAAAAAACUUGAAGCAACUGUGAAAUCACUAUCUGAGGAGCUAAUAAAGGCUAAUGGUAUCAUUAAGAAGCUGCAGGGGGAGGUUCGAGGCCUCGUCAGAAAAAUAAAUGUCAAGAACACAGUGACUGUGUCACAGGAGAAGGUUCUUCAGGACACAUCAGAAAAACUUCAAAGUGUAGAGACUGCUCUACAGAGUGCUCAGCAGCAGCUCAUUUCCAAGGAUGAACAGGUUUCAAAACUGAAGGAGCAGUUGGAGAUGACAGUACAGAAGCUAAAUGAAAGCAGAGAAGUGUUAAAAACAAAUGAGAAUGUUAUAAGUUGGCUUAACAAGCAGCUAAAUGAAAAGCAGCUGUCCAGAAGGGCACAGUCUCCUGAAUCUUUGAAGAGUCCUUCAGUUUUAUCCACAACACCAGGACUGAGGGCACAGUUUUAUCCUCAGCCAGGCAAUUGUGCUGUAUCACCUGUGGCAGCUGCUGACUUCACCCCUGCUGGAUAUCAAGGAGGACACCCAGCCAAAAGACAGAUUGGAGACUCUGCAGGUCUGGAUUCCAAAUACUUUGAGAGGAGAGAUGACAGCAACCCAGUCUACGGACUGUCGACUAAUCUGCUUCACAAAGAGGUUCCUCAGCGUGCAAAGCCCGCCAUAGCUUCUGCUUAUUUUUCUGCAUAAAACAGAAGCUGCUGGAUUUGAUAAACAGCUACAAAACAGUCUCUGUUUCAGUUAGAGGAGGAAGUAAAGCCACCCGCAUUAUGUCUUCAGCUCUCGCACAAAACUGUUACUGUUAUACUAUGUUGAAUAGACAUGGUUUUUCUGUAGCUAAUGUUGCGUUUUAUCACUGUACUCAUGGUGUACAUAGGUUAUUUCUAUGUUGUAAUUCAUGUCUUUAAAUUGUACUUUUUCUUAAUGCAAUACAUUACAUUUGCCACCCUUCAGUGUUUAUAUCGUGUUUUUGUUUUCUGCAGAAUUUUAUUUAAAUGCAAGCUUCAAUAAACAAUUUCUCCAACCUCA